AUGGCGGCGGUGCGCCGAGUCCUGCUGCUCGGGGAGGGCAACUUCUCCUUCGCGGCGUCCCUCUGCGGGGCCGCGGGGACCUGCGUGCUGGCCACUUGCUACGAGAGCGAAGAGGAGGUGUCCGGGCGGGGGGGAGCCGCGGAGAACAUCCGCCGGCUGCGGGAAGCAGGAGCAGAAGUUUUGUUUUCUGUGGACUGCACCAAGCUGAAGGAGUAUUUUUUGCCAGAGAAAAGGGAAUUUGAUUGUAUUUAUUUCAAUUUCCCUCACUGUGGGAGGAAGGCUGGGGUCGUGAAGAACAGAGAGCUGCUUGCACGCUUCUUCCGUAGCUCUGCAGAAGUGCUGACAGAGGAAGGAGAAGUCCAUGUGGCUCUUUGCAAUGGACAAGGUGGGACACCUGCUGAUCAGCCAAGGAGGGAAUGGCACAACAGCUGGCAAGUAGUGGCUGCGGCAGCAGGAGCUGGAUUUAUCCUGAGUAAUGUUCAUCCUUUUGAAGCAGAAACUAUCCAUGGAUAUCAGUGUACAGGCUACAGGAGCCAAGAUAAAUCUUUCUGUGUCAAGGGUGCUUUGAACCACAUCUUCACACGAAGCACACCACUGCCGUGUUUCGAGCCUGUGAGCUGUGAGCUGGAGCUGGAGAGAAGAAAAGUUUCUUUUCAAGUACCCCAAGUACUUGUGGAUAAAAUUAAUAGGGGUUUCCUGGAGCUAAAUUCAAAUCAUCCAGUACGGACAAUAAAGGAGAAGCUCACAGCAGAGCUCAGCGAAGCCUUUCCACUAGAGGACAUUGACUGCUGCCUUUCUCUGCUCCAUCAAGGUCACUUCAAUGGUGUUUGUCCCUCAAAUGUCUUUUGGAUCACUCUUAGCCCAGAGGAGACUCCAAGCACUGAAGAAAUGCCUAAUGGACUGGCAAAUGCAGUUUUAUCUUCCCGUGUUGAUUUUUGCAGGGACAGAGAUAAGAAUGGCUGGGUGAAGGUACAAGAGGGACACCACACUUCAAAGCAGUAUUGUCUUAGACCUUCCCUUCUACCUUAUGCUCAGGCAAUAAUUCAAAGAGGAGCCUUUCCACCAGGGACACUUCAUGUCCUUUCUGGCCCUGUUUUCCGGCAGUGUCUUAUCACUCCUUACUCCAUGCCUGUUUUUCAUGAGAUGGUUUUUGUGUGUGCAGUUAACAGAGGUACAGAGAACAGCUGUAUCCAGAUGUUGGUGAAGAACAUUAAAUCAAGCAUACAAGCUCUUCACCAGACUCUUCCCAGCUUUAAACUGAAGAUCAGUCUGGAGGAAGCAACAAGCUUUGAAACAGCUGAGCUGAAGGACUUUGCUGCUUUUGAAUCUCAGCUUAGUAAAACUGAGUACCUCAUUUGUAUGGAGGUAGAAACUUCGGGCUCCUGUGUGGGAGUUAUAAGAACAGAUCAUUAUCAGCUAGUAAGCAGUGAGCUGGUUGUUGUCUUUGCUUCAUUGAACCUUGACCUCCUAGCCAUGCUGCUGUGUGGAAUAGCUGACUGGAGAAUGCUCUGGACAUCAGACACACGGUUCCUCCAUCAGUUUCCUAGAGGAGAGUUAAGGCUUUUCAAGAGCUUUUCUUUGUAUCCACCUUCCUAUGUGCAUGACGUCAGCUUUUGGCUUCCCGAUGGGGAGCAGUUUGAUGAAGUCGCUUUUCACACCAUUGCCAGGCAGGUGUCAGGUGAAAUGGUUGUGUCCAUCCAGUUACUGGACAGCUUCCAGCAGCCAGGGACCGGUCGGAAGAGCCUCUGCUACAGGCUGACCUUCCAGUCCUGUGACAAAGCCCUGAGCUGCCAGGAGGUGGCAGAGAUGCAGCUGCUGCUGCGGGAGGAAAUAAAGCAGCGCCUGGCUGUCACCGUGCGCUAG